AUAAGAGACUAACCCAAUUGAAGGACGACCCGGACCUAUGCAAAGUCUCGCACUUACUCUUGCCUCCAUGGCAGAGAACUGCCUCUCCAUGUCAUUGUUGAAGCAAAUUCAUGCAUUCACAAUCUGUAAUAAUCUCCGCCACCACCCUAUUUUGCUAGCUAAGAUCCUUCGUUUUGCUGCAGUUUCACCUGCGGGUGACUUACUCUAUGCCCAACGCCUGUUCGAUCAAAUUCCUCAACUAGACACUUUCUUUUAUAAUACUCUGAUUCGAGGUUACUCUAAUAGUCCAUGGCCUGCUUGCUCAGUCCGUUUGUUUAAUGAGAUGAGGCAUAAUCGUCUUGAUCCAGAUGGGUUUACUUUCACGUUCAUGCUUAAAGCACGAUCAAGGAUGAAAAUGAGUUUACCUGCAAUCAUGGGGUCAGAUGAGAUACAUGGGGCGGUAUUUAAGUUUGGGUUUCUCACGCAAUAUUUGUUUGUGCAGAAUGGGUUAAUUCAUUUGUAUGCAUCAAGGGGAAUACCUAUGGCAGCUCAUAGAGUGUUUAAUGAAAUGGUGGCUGUGGAUGUUGUUUCGUGGUCUGGUUUAGUUGUGGCACAUGUGAAAGCACGGGAGCUAGAACAUGCAAGGUGGGUUUUUGAUCAGAUGCCUGAGAGGGAUGUGGUUUCUUGGACUGCUAUGGUUGCUGGGUACUCACAAGCAAAGCGGUCAAGGGAGGCGUUAGAAUUGUUUAGGGAGAUGAGGGAGGCAGGGGUGAGACCUGAUGAGGUAACUAUGGUGAGUGUGAUUUCCGCUUGCACAAAUUUGGGUGAUAUUGGAACUGGACUGGAUGUGCAUAAGUACAUCAACGAGAAUGGAUUCGGGUGGAUGAUUUCCCUUUGCAAUGCAUUGAUUGACAUGUAUUCAAAGUGUGGAUGCAUGGACCGAGCUUGGCAAGUAUUCAGUAACAUGAAUAGAAAGAGUUUGAUUACUUGGAAUACAAUGAUCAUGGCCUGUGCAAACUAUGGUAAUCCAGAAGAUACAUUUGCACUGUUCAGCUGCAUGUUAAAUUCUGGGAUUUUACCUGAUGGGAUUACAUUCCUAGCCCUCUUGACUGCAUAUGUACACAAGGGGUGGGUUGAUGAAGGAUGCCAACUGUUUGAGAGGAUGCAAAGAGAUUACAGAAUCCAGGCAGGUGUUGAGCAUUACAGAUGCAUGGUGGAUCUGUUAGGCCAUGCUGGGAGGUUGGAGGAAGCAUACAAUUUAAUAACCAGCAUGCCGAUGCCAAGCAAUGAUGUUGUUUGGGGAGCUUUACUUGCAGCUUGUAGAAUUUAUGGUGAUGUAGAUAUGGGUGAGAGGGUUGUUCAGAAGCUAUUAGAGUUAAAGCCACAUGAAGGAGGCUACCAUGUUCUCCUUCGUGAUAUUUAUGCGAUUGCAGGUCAAAGAGUAGAAAGCAAAUAAGAUGAGGAAGAAAAUGAGGGACAAUAAAGCAAGGAUGACUACAGGCUGCAGUUGGGUGGAAGAUUAACCUUGUAACCGGUUUAUGCACAUUUACAGUUGCCAAAGUUCCAAAAAAUUAUGCAUAACAACACAUUAUUUUACACUGCAGUGGCUACAAGUUUAGGUGGCACAAUGUUGUCAGCCUCUUUGCCUGUAGGAGAUCAUCUGUAUCUUGAAUCAAUUCAUUGGAUUGGA